AUGGGCGCCCGGAAGCGCGGGACCAGAAGCCGGAGAAGCCGGGACAGCCCCAUGCCCACGCCAUGCAUUCAGGCACUGUGCUUCGACCCUCUGGUGCGACGCUGCUUGGAAUGUAACCUCCUCCGCACACCGGACCCUCCUCGGCAUGCGCCCGGGACAGCGCUGCAGCCGCAGGAGUCGGUGGGCACGGGACCAGGGCCAGAUGCGACGCUGCCACUGCCCGGGCUGCUCUUCGGCGCCCCCGCGCUCCUGGGACUGGUGCUGGUUCUGGUCCUGGUGGCCCUGGUGAUCUGGAGGUGGUGGCGGCAGCGCAGGAUGGCCUCCCCUGACACCCCAGACGGGGUCCAGGAAGAGUCCCUGGACAAUGUCUUCGUGUCCUCCUCAGAAACCCCCCCUGCCUCCGCUCCCAUCUGGCCUACCCUCAAAGAAGAUGCCGACACCACCCUGCCAAGCCACAGCAUCCCAGUGCCCGCCACAGAACUGGGCUCCACUGAGCUGGUGACCACCAAGACAGCCGGCCCUGAGGAAUAG